CCACUGGGCUGCAAGCAGCAGCGCCAAAAUAAAAGUGCUUCCUUCUAAAAGAGUAAAGUAUAAAAGUGAAUGGAAUAAACCUUCCGAACAAGAAUUUAGAAGACAAGCGAAGGAAGAAAUUAGAGCUAACAGCACAAGUUCGCUUAUUAGAAAAAAUGAUAAUAAUGGCAAAAAAUUUUUGGAGGGAGAAGGUAAAAUAGAUAAACCUGAAAAUGGUGGUGACAAGAAAAUAAAGUAAAAGAAUCCUAAUUGAACAAAACUUUGCUCAACUUUAUACAAGUGAACUUGAAGGUGAAGAUUUCAAAGGUAAAGAAAAAAUGAUUUAAUUUUUAUAUUUGAGAAAUAAGUGAUCAAACUUCUAAACUUAACCGAGCCCAGCCUUCCUUAUAACCACAAUCACCAAAAAAUAUACCAAGUCUGAAAUAUAUCUCAGGGAAAUCAAUGACACGUUUAAGGAAUUGAUCUUCCCAAUACCGUUUAAAGUGUUCCAAAUUAGAAAGGAAAGAGAAGUCCAUUUCAAAGUAAGUUAGCCGUCAAGUCUAACAAAUACCUUGUUGCCUGAUUAAAGUUGCACAGCUGAUGACAGUGACUUACCAGCCAGUUCAUGGAUAUAUUUUCUAUCAUCCUGUAACUAGAGGAAGACUCAUUACUAAUAAUUAAGGGAUCUGAGAAGCUGCAGGAUGAGCAGUUUUGGGGAAAGCAAAGGCUCUAAAGAAUAUUGACUUCCUUCACACCCAGACUUACAUAACCAUGUUGGAGUCAGAAGAAGGAAGGGAACGGACUUCUACAAUUGGAAGGGGGAAAGAAAAGCAAACUGAAUUUCAUGACCUCAGUCCCAGUGGUGUUUCAUGAUCAUUCUAGGCUUGCCACCAAUAAUGAAACAACGCAUGGUUGUGAGUUGAUAAUUACAUAAGUAUUGAAAUUCUCAAUCAUUAAAGAAAUGUUACUUGCUGGGGGGAAAAAGUCCUUUGUAAAAAAGACCAAACUAUAAAGUUUGUUCAGGAUUAAAGAAAAUAGUAGACAAGGUUAGCAUGAAAUUUAUACUGAAGCCUAACAAAGCUGCCUAAAAACAGACAAUGCCACCAACAUUACAGCAAUGCAAAAACCUAUAGAAAUAAUUAGUGAAUGAUACCAACAGCACAAUAAAGAUCGAUGUAAGGUGCCCAACAGGGGCUUAUAAAAUUGUUUACUAUUCAGAUUUUUAGGAAAGCUAAUAAUGAAAUUUAUCAAGAAAACAAAGUUACCAAAGAAAAGAAAUUCACCAAUACAAGUCAAAAGGGGAUAAUAUGAUUUUUUUCAUAAAUGCUGAAAAAGAAUUUUAUAAAAACUGAUUCCAACUUGCAAGAAAUGGGGAUAAGUGGAUUAUUUCCUGAAUCUGAUUUCUUGAAAGUUUAUCUCUUGUGCCCAAAAAUUAACAUCCAGGGGAAAUACUGAGAUUGGUGAGGAUUCAACAUACCUGAGAUGCAGAUAAAAAUUGGGACAAUUUUAGUAGGUUGAAAACAGUAUUUUUCCUGGAGUUAAAAGAUUAAAUGAUUGUUAAAUAUCAUAUAAGAAUACAUGCAUGCUCAAGCACAUUAAUUAGUUUAGUUACUUCUUCAGCAAUAUCCAGCAAACUAAGUAUAUUCUCUGCAAGCAACCAUUGAUUAUUAACAAAAUACAGGUUACUUAAUUAAAGAGUAUUUUGCAGUUUUCAUUCAGCUUUCCUUUUUAGCACACAGUAGCUUCUAUUCUGUCAUGCUUAAAUAUUUCAUAACUAGUGAUUGAAAACAAUUUUAUGUACCAAAACAAUUAAUAAACAUCUUUAAAUACAGAAAUAGAUGGACAACAAAUAUUAAUAUUAGGAGAGUAUAUCUUGAUAAAAAGGGUUGUGUCCAUUUUAAAGUAAAAAGUGUUCAUAGAAAUGUAAUAAUAAGGCAGAAUAAUUAGUAGUAUAAUGUUUAUACAAAUUUAAUAUAAAACUUAAUAGAUUAUUGGAAGAAAAGGGUUCACCACCUGUUGGGUAGACCUUGUCCAGGCUUGGUGACACCUGAUGAUUUUACCCUUGGUCAAAUCCUCCUUGAAAUGUUACAGUUGAGUGUUGAGUUUGUUCUCCUCGAUCCUUGUACUCCCCCAACAAAGAAUUGAAAGGCAGAGACACAACAGCAAAGCAGAGGGAAAGUUUUAUUUGAAUACACUCCAAGGGAGGAAUGGGCCAGAGUCAAGGUAAAAAUAGCAUUGAUAGGUUAGGCAGGAGACCUAUAUAUUGCAUUCUGGCUAGGAGGCACCUCUUUGAUUGAUGGGUUAUUUGAUUGAUGGGUCCACUUGAAUAGCCAUCCCUCUCAGUGCGCACGUCCUUUCCUGUGAUGAGGUGUGUUUUGGGCAGUCAUUAGUUUUGCUGGAUUGCACCCACACUGGGAUCAGGUUGGGACUGGUUUGGCCUGGUCCUGACGGGCAAAGAAAUUACCUCCCUGUAAAGCCUUUGUUGUCGUCACGUGGGACCCCCCUACCUGGGUAGUUUGGGCAGGUUGUCUUUGAACUUUAUCUUCCCCUUCCCCCAGCUGCUCAUGUCCAUCUUUCCAUCUAUCAGAAUUACCAAUUCAAGAAAUUGUUAGGAGUGUGCCUACACUGGAUCCAAGAUAAAUCAGAAUCAGACUGAGGACCAUGUAGGAGACCAAGCAAUUGGAUUUCAUUGUCAGUAUUCUUCAUAAAGAGGAACCAGUAUUAAUGAAGCAGCCACAUGGAGGCAUAGAAACUCUGGAGCAAUUAGGUAGGACUAGAAAUCAAGGCUAAAGGGCUUUCUGAGACAAGAUGGAAGCUCUCUUAUGAUCCUAGGAGUGCUGAAUACCUGGGACACUGAAAACUUCCCAGGGGUUACAAGACCAAGAUCAUGACUUUGUAAGCAUUCUGUGUUGUUACCUCUCCUACAUCCUUUCUUAAAGCAGAACAAACCUGAUGCUAAAUAAAGCCUAUUUUGUCUCAUGAUUUCUCUAUUUGACCCCAAGAACAUUACUGCUAGCAGUAGUAGAGGGGUUUUCUCAACUACAGACUUAUGAUCAUUACAGAAUGAAUUCCUAACAUUAAUCAGUUAUCCUUUAAGAGCUGCAUUUCAUUAAGUUGUUUGAUUCCAUUUAGAACAAGGUUCCUUCAAGAAAAAUUCCUCUAGGGAAAUCUUCAAAUCUUGUUAAAAUAAAUUAAAACAAGAAUGUUAAUUUUGACCCUUGUGUAACCGAGGUGACAAAAACUCUGAAAUCAUGUACAAGAAUAUCUGUGCUAGAUUAUCUUUAAACUAGACAAUAUAAUAAGUCUAAAUAGUAAGAAAAAAUAAGUCAUAGAGAAAAAUAAAGUAUUCAAAGCAUAUCUUUUUUUCAUUGCUCAAACUUCAAAAUGAAAGACUCGGCUAGAAUGUUCUAAUGAGACAAUUUUCUGCUUUUGAGUCUUUGGAAAUUAAGAAUUUAAAAGAAUGUUAUUGAAAAUGAGCCUCCAAUUGUUUUCAAUAGUUAAAGAAGAUAAUUUUUUAAGUUUUCUAAGUGAUAAACUUUAGUCAAAGUUCCUUUCAGAAGAUAAACAUGUCUUUCCCCCUGACCUGCAUGUCUGCUGUUCAAAAAAGUUGUUUUAAGUGUUAGUGAUAUGAAGUGCACCUUCUGAGUCUUGUAUUUCAGGCAUUUGGGAAUGCAGAAAUAGUAAGUUUGACAGCAUGGCAUGUUAGUAAUAAAAAAAAUUAAUAAUGCUUAUUAUACUUAAUUGCAAAGAGAUUUCUGGGUCCCACACACAAAUCCACAACAGUGAAAGGAAAUUAAAAGAAUGGAUAACUACAAAGAAAAGUGAUAUGAAAUUGUCAUUGGUAAUAGAACAAUUAUGUUGUAAUUUAUGAGAGAUUUGGCGUUUUGUUAACACUCUUCAUUUUUAUGAUCAGAAAGUAAUUAUAGUUCUGAGUGAAAUGAUAUUUAUUAGCCAAAACUAUUAUAUCAUUUCAUCAUUCAACUCCAGGAAAAAUACUGACAUUGAUGAGGAGUCAGUAUACUUGAGAUACAGAUAGCUAUCCAGAGACUAUUUUAUUAUUUUGAAAACUAUUAUUCAUUGUUCCAUUUCUAGUAUAAGGACACAUUUUUUUUCUCCACAAAUAUUAUGAAAUGGGAAUGGAGGAAAAUAUUAUAAAUAAGCAUUAAAAUUAAGGAUAACAAUCUACAUCUGCUUCGAAAAAUAUUCUGAAAGUACAUAUCUUAGUUCAUGAUACAGUAUCAAUGAAACAGCAUCACCACCAUAAGGCAAGUCUUUAAGUCCAGAAAUUGUAGGGAAAAUAAAUGCAUAUUUUAGUUGUUAUUUAAAAGGAAAAAUUUUUUUAGUGAUUAUUUGAAAACAUCACCCUUGUGAGUAAUCUCUACUGAAAGAGCUCACCAAAGGACAAAACAAAACGAAAAACCAAUUGAACUCCUCCACUAAGCCCUUUUGAAACAAGUCGUAUCACAGAUUAGAUGGGAACAAUAAAACUGCUGAUGGUACUGAGAAAUAGUUUCUCUGUACUAUAUUAACUUCUAAAAUUUGACUACUAAGAUAUUUUUUAAUAACACAAUUGUGACCAUUACAUUUCUUAUGCAAUUUUCUAUUUACUUCCGUAUACCAGAAGUUCCUUCUGUGAUGAUGAUAAAGGCUUGGAUCAUGCAACAUUCUGCUGUAUUCUGUCCACCUCUAAGUGGAAAACAAAUUGACAGUAGUAUAAGAAUCACCAGACAGAUUAAGAGUUACAAAGUCUAAAAAUGAAUCAAAAAGCAUUUGAAAAUGCUAGUAUGUAAAGGGAUGUUAUUUCAAAUCAGCAAAGAAAAUAGGAUUAAUAAAACAUGUUGAGAUAAUUGAAUAGCCGUUGGGGGAAAAAUGUUGAUUUCCUGCCUCUCAUUGUUAAUACAAACUAAUUUCAGUAAGAUAAAUAAUUUAAAUUUUAAAAUUACUAAGAUACAGCAUGAGAUUUAAAAAAUCUUGAUAUUGGGAAAGCCUUCUAAGGAAGACACAAGGACCAUAAAAUCUGAUACAUUCAACUACAUAAACAUAAAAGUACAUAAAUACAUUGCCAAAACUCACCAUAAGUAAAUUCAAAAAAUAAUCCUGGAAAAGUAAUCCACGUUGUCGUUAAACAGGUGCUGUCCUUGAUUUUUAAAGAACUACAAGUUAAAAAAAAAUAAUAGAAAAAUGAGCACAGAAUAAAUAGAAACAGUUCAUUGAAGAAGAAAUGCAAAUGACUACUAAACAGAUGAAAGAUGCCCAAAUAUAUUCACAAAGAUGCAAAUUCAAAACCACACUGAGAUCAUUUUUUAUCUACUUGAUAUCAUAUUUAUAUGAUAUAUAAAAAUCAAAGAUAUCGUAUUGCAUCUAUAUUCAUCUAGGUUGGCCAAAAAAUGUAUUUGCUAGGACUCUUAGGUGUAUGGCAAAACAGGGUCUCAUGUUGCUGGAGUGAAAAUUGACAUUUAUAUAAUGACAAAUAGACAAUAACUCUCAAAAUUGUAAGUGUAAUUUUAUAUCACAUUUGCACAUAGAUAUUUAUCCUAAACAUAUGCUUGAACAUUCAUAAACUUUAUUCAUGUUGCAAGGAUAUUCAUUGCAGCAAUAUUUAUAAAAGCAAAAAAAUACUCUAAAUAACAGAUUAGAAGGAGAACGGUGCAGUAGUAUUACUUUCAUAAUCAGAUAAAAACAGUGAUAUAGAAAGUUAUGAAUCCUUUAUAUAGGAAUAUAGGAACAUAACAAUUUCAUAAGUACUCAAAAGUGCUUUGACAAUUACAUGCCAAAGCAACUACAGUCUAUUUGGAAUAGUAGAAAUAAGACACACAGACAUUCUAAUGCCUGCUUUCUAGAUAGAGAUCUAAACAUCCUAACUCAACUGAAAUCCUAACUACCAUCUGCUCUAUAAAAUAAAAAUAGCUUUCUCUGCUCCAAAAACAAUGGUUGGCCCUUUCCCUGUCAGUCCUUAUGUAGGUGAGACAAACAACUCUGGGCUCAGUCCUAACUUUGGGAAAGCUACAAACGGGGAACGACAGCCCAGUAUGACUCUGUCCAUCUUCCCAUCGUGCCGCUACCCAAACCACACCAGAGAGAUGAAGAUAACAGAUUCCUGCUCUGGAAUUUCAGACAGACAAUUUCAAAAUACUUGAAAAGAAUUAAGCACCUUCCCUUUUUACAUGUGUAAUAGAGCUCUUAAUAAUUUAGAUCCUCUCUGAUAUCAGCUAAGGUUUAAGUUAUUUUAAAACCAGAUAGCUAGAGCUGUAAGUCAGUAAUUCACCACUGGUGAAUAAACUACAUAGUCAGAAGGAAGGAAAUAAACACAUUCAGCACUUACUACAUGGCAGGCACUGUUUUCAUUUUCAUUUUAAGUGUGUGUGUGUGCCCUUUUAAUCCUUACUUCUUAAACUACAUUAUAUCAACAUCCUUGUAGGUGAGAAGGCAGAGGCUCAAAUAGAUUAGAACAUGUGUCACAGCUCAGGGUGUAGCAGAGUUAAUUUGAUUAACUCACUCAUUUAGGAAUCCAAUAAAUGAUUAUAAUUAUUGCAAUUGUUAUAAAACAAUUGUAGCUAUUAUAGUAUUCCCUUCAAUCUGAAAUACUACAAAGCACAUCACUCUGAUGUUCCUCUGAAAAAACAAUUUUGCAAAUCACACCAUGACAACUAGACCAUAUCAUCCUCUCUCAAACUGCAUGUGACUGAAAGAUUAGGAAUGUUUCUGACAAAUUGACGUUUCAUGUCUUAAUGAUAAUCCUUCAAAUUGAUCCAACCAGCUUCUUACUCUCUUAGAAUUUCUUCUGUUCUGAGGGCUUCAGUUAUACAAGGAAUCCCUUUUUAUGUAUGUCAGUAACAAGAUAUUACACAGUUUCAACUCCUUAUGUGUAUAUUCCUUACUUAGUAAGUGAUGGUUUUAAAGAUGAAGUACUUGAUGGUUGGUUAUUUAACAAAAACAAAAAGGAAAACAAGAAAGAAAUUGUGUUUAUUCCUCAAGUGACAAGUCUUUGCUUCAUCAAUAUCAAUCAUAUGCCCUGUACCUGUUGCAGUGCAUUUUUCUGGGCAUAUACAAUAACUUUUUAUUUCAAAGCAAAUUGUGCUAAGCCUUUUUGGAAACAUUAAAUAGAAGUCAAAUUCAGCAUACUUAGUAACAAUGAGCCAUAAAACUUGGAUAUGAAUGAGGAAAUCAUGGAUGGCUAUGAUCAAGUUUUCUUAUGUUCAGGCAAUGGCAAUCAUGUUGUGUCUCCUGUCUGGUGACAGGAAUUGUAAGACUUCAUCAAUCAUAACACACAUCCUGAUUUCAAGGAUUUCAAAAAAUGAACAGAAAAACAUGUCUUAAAAUAUCUGAAAAAGUAUGUGUCAAACACCAUGUGAGGAAUUGGGAAUACCAAGAAAUAAUAUAUUGUCUUGACCUUCAUGCUGCUCCUGUCUAGUGUGGACAGACAGGAAAGCCAAAAAUCAGUAUUGAGUGUGAUUAUAAAAAUAAUAAUAUACAUUAUAUCAGUAUUUAUGUAUACACCUACCAUAUGCUAAUUAUUUAAUCCUCAUAAUACUCCCAUGAGGCAGGUACUUGAUAGAGGUAUGAGCCUGUCAGGAGACCCAGGAACAAUAUCUAAACUACCUUGUCUGCGCAGAAAGCCUUAGUAGGAGCGAGUUCAUAAGUGUGAGUAGAAUACCAGGCAGGAGCACUCUAUAAGCAUAGUCAGAGAAGCAGAGGGAGUGGGACACCAGGGAAGGUGCUCUAUGUAGCUCAAGGGGCAGCAGAGAAAGAGCUGGGAGCAAGGUUUCUUGUGCCAUAGUGAGGAAUUAGAUUUCUCCUACAGAGUGAGGAGUGCUAAACUGGUUGGGAAGGAGUUGUGAUUGGACCAGAAAGGCCAGUUAAAAAAGUAUUUCAAAAAAACCCAAGUAAAAAUAAAGACUUAGAUUAGGUCAGUGACAGUUUGUGAAAUAUUAAACCCUAAUAUUGAAGAGGUGAGGUCAACAAAAGUAGCACAGUAAGAAUUCCAGAGUUCCCCCUCCCCAAACCCCCCAUGAAAGGAACAAAAAAACUGAUAAAACUGAGAAUUUACUUUUUUUGGAGCCCUGGAAAUCAGCCAAAGACUUACAGCAACCCAGGGAAUGCUUACUCAAGAAAAAUGGCUGAAUCUCAAUAAAAAUAGAAGUUUUGUGGCCUUGUAAUUUAUCCUAGUCUCACUCUCUAUUCCCAGCUUAGAGGUAGCCUUGAAAAUAACAGCCUGUAUUGCAAGUACAGAGAAUAUAGACCUGACUAUUCAUUUUGACCUGUCUGAUGGAUCCCUGGAAGACCAACUCAAAAAACUACUUGUUAUUUCACCUGACUCCGAAGUGGUUUUGUACUAAAGCUGCUAUUUGGGGACUUUUGUUUAGAACAUUCACAAGAAAACAUUUUAGACCCUGGGGCCUGAGACUACAGAUAACAGUGAGGCAAAUGACAGACCAUCCAAAAAGUUUGGGAGGGAGGCCUAAGGAAUGAGGAGUCUAUAAAAACUUUGCAAAGCUCUCAUAAUUUCCUGGAACUCUAAGAGGCCCAAUGUAUUCCCAGGACUGUGUGCUCAUUUAAGAGUUACUUGUAAAUGCCCUAAGCUCUCAACUUUGGCUCUUAAGACUAUGGAAACUGAAUAUAAAGAUGUCGGUAGAGUAACUUCUGUAGUUUAGUAUUGAAGGCACACCUCUUGGCAAAGACUGGGAGAUUUUGUGGUUCCAGUCAUUUACAGAAAUUCUAUUCAAUCAUUAGCUGACCUCUAACCUAACAAAACAGGUAUUUCAGUGGCCAUACAUGAGAAAGUUUACAUACUUUUCAGAAUUAGUUCAGGAAAGUCAUUAAACAAAGAGCCACUACAAUAACCAGCAACAUCAAAAAAUCUAGGUUGGGGGGUUGGGAGGAAGGGAAAUUGAUUUCCAGAGUUCCCCCACUAUAAUAUUCUGUGUCCAGUUUUCAACAACAAAAAAAUCACAAUGCCUGCAAAGAAAUGAAAAAUUAUCCCUGAGGAAACUCAGACAUUAGACAGUUGGGCUGUCUAGACAAAGGCUUUCAAUUAGCUAUUUAAAAUAUAUUCAAACAGAUAAAGGAAGCCAUACAUAAUGAACUAAAGGAAAGAUAUUUAUAUUCUAUAUAUCAUGAGACUAAUGACUCAUAAUAUAUAGAAUAUGAAGUCUAAAAGUUAUAAAAUGAAACCAAAUAGAAAUUCUGAAUUGAAAAAAACACAAUAGUUAAUAUGAAAAACUCAUUAGAAGGUCCCAACAGUAGAUUUAAACAGGUAGAAGAAAGAAUCAGUGAACUUGACAACUGAAAUUACCAGGUCCAAAAAAAGAAGAAAGAAAAAUGAAUGGAAUCUCAGAGACUUAGGGGACACGUAAAUCAUAUACCAAGACAGGCGUACUGGGAGUCCCAGAAGGAGACAAGAGAUGGAAAAGGGCAGAAAGAGUAUUUGAAGAAAUCAUAGCCCAAACUUUCUAAAUUUGAUGAAAAGCAAUCUACACAUCCAAGAAGCUCAAUAAACUCCAAAUCGAAUAAGUUCAAAGAGACCCAUACUUAGACAUAUCAUAAUCGAUCAGAGAAUCUUGAAAGCAGUAGGAAAUAAGUGUUGACAUACAAAGUAUCCUUAAAAAAAUCAAUAAAGGAUUCUUAUUAAAAACCAUGGAGACCAAAAGGCACUAGGUUGACAUAUGACAGUAUUGAAAUAAAACACUUUCAACCAAUAAUGCUUUAUCUGGCAAAAUUAUCAUUCAAAAAUGGACAAAAUUAACACAUUUCAAUAAAAAAAUCAAUAAAGGAUUCUUAUUAAAAACCAUGGAGACCAAAAGGCACUAGGUUGACAUAUGACAGUAUUGAAAUAAAACACUUUCAACCAAUAAUGCUUUAUCUGGCAAAAUUAUCAUUCAAAAAUGGACAAAAUUAACACAUUUCCAGAUAAACAAAAACUGUGAGCUUUUUUCUAGCAGACUGUCCUAUAACAAAUGCUAAUGUCAUUUGUUUGCUAGAGUCAUUCAGGAUGAAAUAAAUGAAAUAAAAAGAUAUUACAUAGUCAUGCAAAUCCACAUGAAGAAAUAAAGAAUGCUGAUAAAGAUAACUACCUAGGUAAAUUUAAGAGACAGUAUAUAAGUGUAUUUUUUAGUCUGUGAUUUUUUUUCAACCUGAUUUUAAGACAACUGCAUAAAUCAACUAUAAAUCUUUGUUAAUGGGUACAUAAUGUAUAAAGAUGGAAUUUCUGAUAACAGCAUGAAGAUGGGGGCAGAAAUAUAUAGGAGCAAUGUUGUUAUAUAUCAUUGAAAUUAAGUUGGCAUUAAUCUGAGAAAUACAGGAGAAAUACAAAAUCUGCGUAGAUUUAUGGCAAAUAAAGAGAUAUUGAGUUGUUAAUCCAACAAAUUCUAAAAAAGAAAAGUAUAGGACCAGAGAGCUUCCCUGGUGAAUUCUACCAAACAUUUCAUUAAUGCUAAUCUUUCACUAACUCUUCCCAUAAACAGAGGAAGAGGGAAUGCUUCCUAACUCAUUCUGUUUCCAGUAUUAACCCAAUGGCAAAGGCAGAGAAAAGCAUCACAAGAAAUGAAAACUAUAGACCAAUUCCCUUAUGAAUAUAGAUGCAAAAGUCCUCCAAAAAUGCUGGCAAACCAAAUCCAGCAGCAUAUAAAAAUAAUUAUACACCAUGACAAGUAGAAUUUUUCCCAGGCUGGCAUGAUGGGUUCAACUUACAAAAAUGAUCAGUGUAAUUUAUCAUAUUAACAGAAUAAAGGAACAAAAACACAUGAUCACCUAAAUAUAUACAGAGAAAACAUUUGACAAAAUCCAACACCAUUUCUUAAUAAAACACUAAGCUAACUAGGAAUAGAACUUCCUCAAUCUGAAAAACACCAUGUGUUGAAAGCCUAUAGCUAAUGUCAUGCUUUUUUUUCUGCAGUGUUAUUUUGAUACAUUUAUGUAUUAUAGUAUUGCUAUUGUAACAAUAUUUAUCACAUUAUACACUUAUAGUAAAAAAUUCAAUAUACCAUACAUUAUACCUCUAUGGCUUAUUUAGUACGUGUUACAAGGUUUGUACCUUAAAAAUCAUGAAUCUUAUCUCCCCACCCCCCUCCCCAGUAACCAUCAUUUUACUGUUUUUUUUUAUGCAAUUGAUGUUUUAGAUUCCACAAGUAAUAUCAUAUAGUACUCAUCUUUCUCAGUCUGACUUAUCUCAUUUAGUAUAAUGUGCUUAAUGUCUGUCCAUACUGAUGCAAGUGGCAGAGUAUUUCCCUUUUUGUGGCCAAAUAAUAUUCCAUUUUGUAUAUUUACUAUAUCUUUUUUAUUCAUUCAUCAUUGAUGGACAUUUGUUUCCAGAUCUUGGCUCUUGUGAAUAACACUGUAAUAAACAUGGAAGUGCAUGUAUCUCACCAAACUCCUGUUCUCAUUUCCUUUGUAUAUAUAUGAAGUAGAAUUGUUGGAUUAUGUGGUAGGUCUAUUUUUGGGUUUUGAGAGCCUGUAAUUGUUUUCCAUAGUGGUUGGAGCAAACAUCAUGCCAAAUGGUGAAAAACAAAAAACUUCCAGGAACAAGAUAAGGGUGUCCACUUUUGCCACUUCCACUCAACAUUGUACUGGAGGUCCUAGCCAGGGCAAUUAGUCAAGAAGAAUAAUUAAAAUACAGCCAAGUUGAAAGGGAAGAAGUAAAAUUAUCUCUGUUUAUAGAAAACAUGAUCAUAUACUUAGAAAACCAUAAGGAAUCCACUAAAAAAAAAUGGUAGCUUUAGUUUUGAAUAAAAAAGCAACAUACAAGAUCAAUGUACAGUAUACAAAAGUCAGUUGCAUUUGUAAACAGUAAUGAUGAGCAAUUGAAAGUAGGAUUAACAAUUUUCCAAUAAAAGUAAAAGAAGAUUAAAGGAAAAACACUAAAUUCCUAGAUUAGAUUUGUAUUUUAUAAUUUGCAUGUUGAAUUUGCUCAUAUAAGAGCAUACCUUCUCUGACACUUGAACUUCUCAUCUUUAUGAAAAAGAAAAUGAGGUUAUAUCUGUUCAGUUUGCAGAGCUCAGUAUUAAAUUGCAAGUAUGACACCAUGGCUUCUUUCUGUUGCUAUGGGCAAGUUACUUGAAUGACUUCAACAGAUUUCUUGAACUGAACAGAAAUUGCUUCCCACUCAGUUAUAAUUUUACCAUGCAGAGGCUAGAAAUUGGGAAUAAAUAAUGAAAGAGGCCAUCCAAGUUCACAUUUAGUGUUCUGUGUAGGAUGUCGCUGAUGAUUGGAGAGGGGAAACAUGACCUAGUGGUGGAGAGAUCAUGAUCUGAAUGACAUUCUGACAGCUCUGAUUUUAAUUUCACAUAAGUAAAUGGAAAAAAAGGCCUAUAAAGAAGGAACAAAUGGGUUUGCUAAAGUUAUGCCUUUAAAGUUGUUCCCUAUGGAAAGAAAUAAACAGCCUCCAAUUGAAGAAAAGCAUAGAAUAUCAGCUACAAUCUGAUUAUGCAUAUGGCACUAUUUGCAUGCCAUAUAGUUUGCAUAUUAUAGCAUAUCAUUGAGAUAAACAUUAAAAACAUAUCAAAUGUUUUCCAAAACACCUUUUAUGUAAUCCAUAACUUUAUUUAUUGUCAAGAGAUUUGGUGGGCUGAAGAUGGUCGUAAUUUCUUUGUCUCUCCUUGAGCGGUCUUUUCCCUCCUUUCUGAAUCUAGUCUGGCCCUGUGACUAUUUGAGCAACAGAUUAUUAGAGAGGGGAUGCCAGCCAGUUCUAGGCUUAGCCCUUUGGAGGACUAAUGGGGAGAUUUCACCUCUGCCCUCUGGGAACACUCACUCCGAACACACUGCCUCUCAGAACCAGGCUGCCAUCCUGUGACAAUCCAAGUUAUGUGAGGUGCUCUGGGCAGUGUGCCCUGUUGAGCUCUGAGACUUCAGCCGGCAUCAACUGACAGCCAUGCGAAUGGGCCGUCUUGGACGUUAUAGCCCAAUAGAACCACCUAGUAACCAUGGCCCCUGGUGACACCUCAGGACUAGAGCUACCCAGGUGAUCCCCAUCAACACAAAGAAUUGUAAGGAGUAAUCCAAUGGUUAAGUUAUUUAAUUUUGGCUGGUUAGUUACGCAGCAAUAGAUAAUCACUUAAACAUGUGUGCUAAGUUGUCUUGAAAGUCAAGUGUUACAGAUAGCAGAGUGAAUAGAAAAUUAGUAAAUCUGACCUAUAUCAACAAUUGUGUCUGUAAUCUAAUGCUCCUAGAACUUCCUCAAGGGAGUUUUAGCAAUUCGAAUGAUUACUCUCAGACCUGAUCUCUUUUCUAAAACCUAUUCACAAUAGCCAAUUUAUAUUCCACUGGGUCCUAGACAGAAAAGUAUGUGAAAUACAUAAGUACCUCCAAUUUAGCACAUUAAAGGUGUGCUACACUUUUGCAAACUUGAAGCAUGGAGAAAAGGCUUUUACUUAAAAUUUUGCCUCAGUAAAGUUCAUUCGUUUGUUUUUAAUAAGAGCAGAAGAAUGUUAAGAAGUUAGUUUUUACAUUGUACUUUUAUGUUAUCAUUGAUAAUGGUUUUAAAAUAGAGUAAAACAAGACCAAAGCAAAACACCCCAAAAGAUACAAAACCUAGUUACCCUAAAAAAAAACUUUAAGUUCACUAAACUAUGAACAGAAAGCUCAAUGCAGUGAGUUAAUUUUGAACUUGGUUUGAGUCUUUUGUCAAUAUUUGGUCAGAAUGAAUUAGUGGUAUAAAAUUGAAUUGGUUUAUCUCUUUUAGGCUGUUGGAUUUUACUCAGAUCCCAAAUGACAAUACAGGCUUCUAUGGAUUGACAAAAUGCAUUUGCCUUUAUAGUUCACUGAGAAAUACAGUGCACACUUAAGGUGAGACCUAUCUUCCAGGGAUGGCUUUGAAGGAAGACUAUCAUCUGUAUAAUUUUGAGCACGUCACCAACACACUCUCCUUUCAGUAUCUGAAUCAGUUAAAAAAAAAAAAAAAGGGAUAAUCAUUCUUGUCCUCUUUACUUGGAAGUUCUGUUCUUCCAAACCAAGUGAUCGUAUAUGUAUGAGCAUAUUUAAGGAGUGGAAUGCUUUCUUUAAACUAAGUUGCUUUAUUGUUAGUCUUGAUAAUUCUGCUUUUAGUAAUUAUGUACUUUUUUCUGUCAAUUCUAGAAGCUAUUUUAUGAUACUUUUCUGAGGUCCAAAGAUAAUCUUUUUUCUUUUUUUUAGAUUGUGGUGUCUUUGCCUGCUUUGCUCAUAAAAGCCCCUGCAGUUAACUGUCAUUUAGCUGAAACAUAAACCAUGGCAGAAAUAUUGGUGAGAGAAGAGAAAAAAAUAAUAAGUAUAGAGACAGAAAAUAAAAACUAAGGUGAAAAUUUCUAGCAUUUACACCUCUAAAAAAACAUCUUUUUUUUCUUUCUCAUUUCAGUCCAUCCAGGACCUAUACUUUAUGGAUCAUACUUUCAAUUUACCAUCAGUACUGUUCAUCAGCAACUCAUGUCCUCAAUUUCUUUCCACACCCAGCUGAGGCUCUGUGGUUUGUCAUUACAAUCACACCUUUGUACCUAUCAUUACUCCCUUGCCCCUCUUUCCUUACAUAUUUCUCCUGGAACUUCUUCUAUAUGGAAGUACAUAGUAAAUACUCUUGUAUCUUGCUUCAGGCACUAAACCUAAUGCUUUUAUGAUUUAUCUAUGUAUGUGUCUGUGGUUCAUUCUUUUUUAAUCCUGAAUGGUAUCACUGAAUACAUUGCGUUUUGUCUAUUCUACUAUUGAUGGACAUUUAGGUUAUUUCCAAUUUUUGCUAUCAUGAAUAAAGCUGCUGUGAACUUUCUUGUACAAACCUUUGUGUGAACAUGUGUUUUCAUUUCUCUAAGGUAAAUACCUAAGACUGGAAUUGCUGGAUAUUAAGUCAGUACCCUAUAGGCGGUAACGUACAGCCUGUUUCUGGUGAACAGAGGAAGGGGAAAUUCCCCAUCUGGCCAGAAUGGAGUGAAGCUGACGUAAAUGCAGAAAAGUGGGAUGCAGGCAAAGCUGGAAAAGAAAAGGACAAAAUGGGAAAAAGCCCAGUAUUUCAUUUUUUUGAAGACCCUGAAGGAAAGAUUGAACUACCACCAUCAUUGAAAAUUCAUUCCUGGAAACGUCCACAGGAUUUUUUAAUUAAUCGGGCUCCAGUAGUUGUGGAAAAUGAAAUCCUGUUUGACUUGUUUUCAGCAAAUGAACACCUACUCGGCAGUGAGCUGAUGAGAUGGAUUAUCAGCGAAAUUUAUGCAGUGUGGAAGAUAUCCAAUGGCGGUGUUUUGAGUAAUUAUUUUAAAGGGACUUCAGGAGAACCUCCUCUUCUCAUUUGGAAGCCCUGGGAACACAUAUACUCCCUGUGCAAGGCUGUGAAGGGUCAUAUGCCUUUGUUCAAUAGCUAUGGAAAGUAUGUGGUGAAACUUUACUGGAUGGGUUGCUGGAGAAAGAUUACUAUCGAUGACUUCCUACCUUUUGAUGAAGAUAACAAUCUAUUGCUUCCAGCUACAACUUACAAAUUUGAACUCUGGCCAGUGCUUUUGUCUAAAGCUCUCAUUAAGCUGGCAAAUCUUGACAUCCAUCCAGCAGAGAGGAGCGAACUGGGAGAGUUCACAGUUAUUCAUGCCCUCACAGGAUGGUUACCAGAAGUCAUUUCUCUCCACCCAGGAUAUAUGGACAAAGUUUGGGAGCUCUUGAAAGAGAUAUUACCCGAAUUUAAACUGUCAGAUGAAUCCGACUCUGAAAGCAAGGUAGCUGUGAUAGACAACAAAUUAAAAGAACUCAGGAAAGAAGUGAAAAAUGGCAAAGAAUUCAAACCUGAAGAUUCAGCAACAGCACUGAAAUUAUCUGAGAAAAGUGAUAAAGUUCCAAAGGGUUCGUCAGCAGCACAGUCUCCUCACAUGAUUGUAUAUGCUACCUUUACACCUCUCUAUUUGUUUGAAAAGAAGAUCUUUUCAUUAGAGAAGAUGGCGGAGUCUGCUGAGAAACUUAGGGAAUAUGGCCUUUCCCACAUCUGUAGCCAUCCUGUGCUGGUGACCAGAACUAGAUCUUGCCCCCUUACAGCGCCACCGAAACCACCCCCUGUUCCUCCCUGGAAACUAUUUCGUCAAAAAAAAGAAACUGUUAUAACAGAUGAAGCUCAAGAAUUAAUAAUAAAGAAGCCUGAACAGUUUCUUGAGAUUUCAAGUCCAUUUUUCAAUCACAGAAUGACUCCCUUUACAAUUCCAACAGAAACGUUGCCUCAACGAUCUGAUUUAUUUUCCAUUGCUGAAAAUGAUGAAAACUUAACCCAAAGCCAGCCAGACUUAAGUCUACCAACAAGAGCUGCAUCUCAGGGUAAUAUUGCUUCACAACUUGUAGUUGGAAAAGAUGAACCAACAGACCUUGGAUUGAAUGAAGUAGCCCAUCGAGCUGAGGGAUUUAAUUUGGAGAGAGAUUUGCUCAGCCAGACAACAGCCCCACAGGAAAAAUCACAGGAGGAACUUACAGCAAUAAAUACUGCUAUUUCUAAGGAAAUGUGGUUAGAUUUUGAUGAUUUUUGCGUAUGCUUUCAGAAUAUAUAUAUUUUCCACAAGCCAAGUUCAUAUUGCCUUAACUUUCAAAAAACAGAAUUCAAGUUCUCAGACGAACGUGUGUCCUACUCUCUAUUUGUGGAUAGUCUAAAACCUAUUGAACUUCUGGUUUGCUAUUCUGCGUUGGUACGCUGGGGAGAAUCUGGAGCUUUAACAAAAGACAGCCCCCCGGUAGAGCCUGGACUACUUACAGCGGAAACAUUUUCUUGGAAAUCUCUGAAGCCACGUGAUCUCGUUCUGAAGAUUCAUACAUAUGCUACCAAGGCUAUAAUGCUUCGCCUGCCCGUUGGGAGACACAUGCUGCUCUUCGCUGCGUAUUCCCCGGUAGGACAUUCCCUGCACAUCUGCAGCACGGUGACGUUUGUCAUUGGGGAUGAAGAUGUCGUGCUCCCCAACUUUGAGCCGGAAAGCUACCGAUUUACAGAGCAGUCUCUAACAAUUCUGAGAGCUGUUGGCAAUGUGAUUGCUAGUUUCAAAGACAAGGGUAAACUUCCUGUGGCUCUGAAGGAUCUGCAAACAGCUCACUACCCUGUACCUCUGCAGGAUAAAGAACUGACCGCACAGCACUUCAGAGUUUUUCAUAUUUCUUUAUGGAGUUUAAUGAAAAAAGCUCAAGUAACAAAACCCACUCCUAACUUAAAAUUUGCAUUUCGUGCUAUGGUUUUGGACUUGGACCUGCUUGAUUCAUCCUUGGAAGAGGCGUCUUUAGCGGAAUGCAUAGACAUUAAAUACAGCAUGCCAGUGAGUGAUAAAGAUUAUUCUCCCACGGAAGGAGCUGCAGCAACUAAAAUUCAAGCUCUGUGGAGAGGGUCUUAUGUCCGAUUGCUUAUGAGAGCCAGAACACCAGACACGAAGGAAAAUGCCUAUGUUGCAGAUACUCUUCAAAAAGUUUGGGCUCUAUUAGAAAUGAAUAUAGAACAGUAUUCGAUUUAUCUCUUAAGACUCAUGUUUAAAAGCAAGUGUAAAUCUAUUGAAUCCUAUCCAUGCUAUCAAGAUGAAGAAACUAAGCUUGCUUUUGCUGAUUAUACUGUGACUUAUGCAGACCAGCCACCAAAUAGUUGGUUUAUAGUAUUCAGAGAAACAUUUUUGGUUCCUCAAGAUAUGAUUUUGGUUCCUAAAGUGUAUACUACACUUCCAGUCUGUAUGCUCCACGUUGUUAACAAUGACACUAUGGAACAGGUGCCUACGGUGUUCCAAAAAGUGGCACCUUAUCUUUAUACCAAGAAUAAGAAAGGAUACACAUUAGUGGCUGAAGCAUUUACUGGUGACGCAUAUGUACCAUCUUCACACUGGAAAUUGCGCCUCAUCGGUCCUUAUCAUCCACUCCCCUGCCUCUCUCGAGACAAUGCAUGCAAUGCUUUUGCCGUAAAGGAAAUCAGAGAUUACUACAUACCCAAUGAUAAGAAAAUUCUGUUCAGGUAUUCAAUUAAAGUUGCAUUACCACAUCCUGUUACAAUACAGGCACACACAUCCAAACCAGAUGUAUUCAUCAAAUUACAGAUCCUAGAAAAUGAAGAAACUAUUGUUAGCUCCAUUGGAAAGGGCCAAGCUAUAAUCCCAGCAAUUAACUUCAUGGAGAGCGAAAACGCUUUGAGCUCCCAGUCUAGCAAGCAAAUUCUUUCAAGUAAUGCUUCUUUCAAGAAGGAGCAAGAAAUGUCCAUUAAGAAGAAAUCUACCCUGGGAAGCCAGAAAUCCUUUAAGAUGAGACUUGAAAGUGCAAUAAUAGACACUGGUCAGCCUAUCUUGGAAAAUGAAACUACCAGUGUGCCAAUUAUAGAAGAAAAUACUGUCACGCCACAGCAGAUUUCCAAAUAUAUUAUACAGUGCUCAGUUUUGUACAACAGUUGGCCUCUCACUGAAAAUCAGCUGACAUUUGUUCAAGCACUAAAGGACUUAGAGAAAAAUGAUAGCAAAGCUCAUGGAGAGAAACAUGAGGAAUUAAUUCACUUGGGGAGCUCAGAUUCCCAUACUUUCAGUGAGGGGCAAAAAUCUUCAGGAACUUCCAAAUCAACAAGAAAAGGCAAAGAAAAGUCUUCUGAGAAAGAAAAGACGGCCAAAGAAAAACCAGCACCUCGUCUGGAGCCUCAGAUGUCUGCUGCUCACCCUCAACAAGAAGACCCAAAUAAACCCUACUGGAUUCUGAGGCUGGUCACUGAGCACAGUGAAGGAGACUUUUUUGAAGUAAAAAAAGACACAGAAAGAGCUGAUGAAAUCCGAGCCCUGAAACAAGCCUGGGAGACUACCGAGCCAGGAAGAGCAGUCAAGGCUUCUCAGGCUCGUCUGCAUUACCUCAGCCGGUUCAUUAAGAAAAUACCAGAGGCGGAGAGUGUGACUGUAUCUGACAGCCAAACUAAAGCCAUGGACGAAGGGCCCUGUUCACGAUCCCCAACAAUUUUGGAUAUGUCCCUACGACUUAUUCGAAAAGAGCUAGAAUGUGUAGACUUAACUCAAUAUGUAAGAAAGACGAGAGCUGAGCCCCUGCUGCAAACAGAGGAACUGAAUCAGCAGCAGGCAAUGCAAAAGGCAGAGGAGGUCCAUCAGUUUCGACAGUACUGGACCAGAGUCCUUGGCGUUCGAGGCACUGACCAAGAAGAAUGGUUUAAAUUAAAGGAUGAAGUCCUAGAGAUGUACGGAGAAAUGCAGGACUCCUUAGAUGAAGCCCGACAGAAGAUCUUCAAUAUCCGGGAAGAGUAUAGAAACAAGCUGCUGGAAGCUGAGCGCCUAAGGUUGGAGGCCCUGGCUGCAGAGGAGGCAGCUGUCCGGGCGGAGCUGGAAAAGAAGAUCCCAGCUCCUGACACACAGACAAAAAAGAAAGGAAAGAGAAAGUAGCAAGGAGAUGUCCAAUACUACCCUUCUUCUUUUGAAGAGGAAAACCUUAUUUGUAACGAUCUCUACUUUUGCCUGUUGAUAAAAUCGUAGGCCAAUCGAAAAUAGAAAUUUUUCUGCAUCUUAGAAAUAGUUUCUCUCUUUUAAUGUUAAUUUGUUAGGUUUUCUCAGAAAGCUAUUAUUUGAAGAAGCCAUUAGAGUUUAAAUUUUUCUGACUUGAACAAAAAGUGUC